AUGGCAACGACGCAGUCAAAAGACAAAACCUACGCUCCAUCAUCUGGCCAAGUCGCCGAAGAACCCUCCAAACUCAGCGUGAGCGUCAACAUCGAAUUAGCACUCGAAAGAUGCAAGGACGACUUCAAGGAGCUUCUUAAAAAGCUUAAUCUGGCAAAGGAGCUGGCGAAUAAGCAGAUACAUGAAACACCACCUUGUGAAGCCAUCGAGGCUCCAUGCCCCAGCAUAUCGGGCCCAUUAACGGUCGCUGAAGCUCAGCAUAUGAUCGAGCGUGCACCGCCAGAAGAGAUCGACCGCCAAAGAUUCGUCCUGAGGAGAUGGGCAGAGAGGAACGAGGACUACCUACAGGACAGUUACCGUGUUGAAGGGAAGCUUGUGAAGUUCAAGAACUCCGAAAAGGAGAGCGCGUGGAAGAGCCACCAACGAGAGAGAAUAUCUCACGCGCGGAGCACAGUCCUUCAAGUACUCUACCUCAUUUCUUUGAGCUUGACCGAUAUGAGAAGGAUCGCAGAAGGACGCAAGAAAUGGGGAGGAAAGUGGGGUCCAGAAUCAGCCUGGGAUAGGGAGGUGUUGAAGCUUAGGCACAAGACAAACAAUCUGAGCAGAUACACUGAUAUCCUGGAGUUGCUGACGGAGACGGUGGGGGACAAGGGCCCAGAUAAGUCGGGCGCUUACGCGCAUACUAGCGGAUACUCUAAUGUGGAUUAUGUGCGUCUGGAUCAAGAGCUGAGGGACAAGAAAGUAGCUAAGCAGGAUGCUUGCACGGACGUUGAAAGUACUGAUAACGAGUCUGAUGAGGAAGCGGCGAAAAGCGACUACCUGAGGAUGACGAUGCUUGGGCGAACGUUAAAAGGCAUCAUGCCAGGAAGCUCGACCAAGGGCCAGGGGACAAGGCCUAGCUGA